AUGGAUGAACUUGACCCCACGAGCCUGGAAGAGAUCUUACCGGCUGCCCUCAUUGAGUUUUAUCAAGAGUGUUGGACUGGUGACGACAGCUGUAUCACGAAAUCAGAUGGGAAGGUGACAGUCAUGGUGAGGGGAGAUGGUCGACUGGGCAAGAACGCUGAAAUCCGAGAAGUCAAUCGUUUGGCUAUUGUGACGAUUACCACGGAAGGUCAUGGACCGAUCAGGAGACUUCCGACACCGACCAAGCGCCGUCGAAAACGUGUCCAGAAAUCUGACACGCCCACUUCCAACGUACAUACCCCCUUGUCGAAAAUACCCAGUACUCCAGCAGAGGCUAUCAGUAUGGCAUUUCAGAAAAUACGUACGAUCGCAAAGACAGAUCCGAAUGAUCCGACACCCUUGAACAUGCACCUUCUUGAAUCUCCUUCGAUUAUAACUGAUCCCAGCAAUGGUACAAUCACUUAUGGGCUCUCCGCUGCUAUGCUGACCCUUCCACGGACUGGAAAGGAGGGGAGAUCCGAAAAAGGUGAGAAGCCUUUGCAGACACAAUUGCGAGACGCAUUGCUGAACAUGAAAUCGAGAUCAAGGUGGACAAAUCAACAAAGUCAUUUCGUAGCAAUGAACGGAAUGUCACACUCCCACCUUGCGGCACUGUACCAAGACUUCGUGAUUAUUUUCAACGAUUACAACCAGAAAUUUCGCGCGCCUGGAUUUAGUGGGACAAUUACGAUGACAAGGGAAACAGUGUCGGUCACAUUUACGCAUGUGCCAAGAAACUUACCGCAGAAAUCCCAUUUGGACGGCAUGUACCAUGUGGUUGACAUCAUCAUUAGCGAACGACGGCACAACCUUGUCGAAAGCCAUUCCAUGACCUCACUUCCAUCUACUUCAACCGGCACCGAUGAUUUUGUCCAAUCGAUCCUUGGUUUUCUAGGGACCGCUUCCGAAUCUACGAACAGAAACGGAUACGACUUCGACUGCUUCUAG